AUACCGACAAGAUGUGGAAAAAGACAUUUAUGUACAGUUUAAGACAUUUAUUAAAGGAAACUUUUUGCCACGAGUGGCUUCAGUCCUAUUACUAAAGAAGCCACUCGUGGCGAAGCGUUUCCCUUAAUGUCCUGAACUGUACAUAAGUACCUUUUUCUGCUAAUUUAGUGUGUACACCAUGCUCAUCCUUUGAGCGGUAACAUACAAAAAAAUCAAGAUUUCGCACAUUAAGACGUAUUGUACUUUGUACUGCUGUCAACAUGUGAGAAAAACAUAAGAAUUGAUGUGUUUUUUUGUUUGGUAGUUCAGCCAAAAAAUGUCUUUGAAAUCAAGAUUUUUGAAACCAGGUGAUGGUGUUUAUACAGAGGACCGCAGUGAUGUUGACCAAACAAGUGGAACAACGUUUAUAUAUAAUCCACAUCGCUCUUUGUCAAUUGAAAAACAGCGCCAACGAUUGCCAGUAUUCACAGCACGUAACUCCAUAUUGUACUUGGUGGAGAAGUACCAAACUACAAUAGUAGUUGGAGAAACAGGCUCAGGAAAGAGCACACAAAUUCCACAGUAUCUUAGAGAAGCAGGUUGGACAUCUGAUGGGGUAAUUGCCAUAGCACAACCCCGCCGUGUUGCAUGCACGACUCUAGCUGAACGUGUUGCAGAGGAAUGUGAUGUGAUACUUGGAAAAGAAGUUGGAUACUCCAUACGCUUUGAUGACUAUAGCACUCCUGGUACUACACAGAUUAAAUAUAUGACUGAGGGACUGUUGGUUCGAGAGAUGAUGGCUGAUCCUUUAUUAAGACAGUACUGUGUUGUUAUGCUUGAUGAAGUCCAUGAGCGAACACUCUACACUGACAUUGUACUUGGACUCUUGAAGAAAAUUCUUCGUAGACGGAAAAAUUUGCGCCUCAUCAUCUCCUCGGCAACUGUUGAUGCAGAUCACUUGUAUAACUUCUUUAAUUACAACACUACAAAGGACAAGAGUAAAGACACUGCAUCUGUGCUGUCAGUAGAGGGAAGAAAUCAUCUUGUUGAUAUCUGCUAUCUUAAAGAAGCCACUGCUGAUUAUGUGAAAUGCAGUGCAGAAACAGUGAUGAAGAUUCAUCUCAGAGAGGGCCCAGGUGAUGUCUUAGUCUUUCUCACUGGUUUAGAGGAAGUAGACACAUGUUCUUCGCUUCUCAACCAACAUGCAGCAUCCCUUAAGAAAACUGAUGGUUCCCUUCUUGUUUUACCAAUGCAUGGUGCCCUGAGAAACAGUGACCAACUGAGAGUGUUCCAGAUUUCACCACCAGGAGUCAGGAAAGUGAUUGUGGCCACCAAUAUUGCUGAGACAUCCAUUACCAUACCAGGCAUUGUAUAUGUUGUAGACUGUGGAUUUGUGAAACUUCGAUGGUACAACCCCAGUGGUCAUACAGAUGCCCUUGUAGUUGUCCCUAUUUCCCAAGCAUCAGCCAUUCAGAGGGCAGGAAGAGCAGGACGAACCCGUUCAGGAAAAGUAUACAGAUUAUACCCUGAAGAAGAAUUUAACAAAUUUAGUGAAGUUACACCUCCAGAGAUGGUUCGUACAAACCUUUCUUCAGCUGUUCUCAACUUAAUGGCUUUAGGAAUUGAAAACAUGCUGAGAUUCGACUUUUUGUCACCUCCACCAGCUAAACAUUUAAUAUCUGCAUUAGAUGAACUGUUUGCAUUGGGGGCUCUCAGUGAAGAGGGCACUCUUACUAAGCCACUGGGACAACAAAUGGCAGAGUUUCCCUUACCUCCUCAGUUAGCCAAGAUUUUACUCGUUUCAGGUGACUUUGGGUGUUCACAAGAAAUUCUGUCAAUUGUGGCAAUGUUGCAGGUUCAAAAUAUAUUCAUGAUACCUCGAGGUCAAGAGCGCCGUGCUCGUGCUAUCCAUAGAAACUUUCAGGUUAAUGAAGGAGACUUAAUAACACUACUAAACGUGUUCACUGCUUACAAAAAGCAAGAAGAGUCAAAACAUUGGUGCAUGAAGAAAUUCAUCAAUCACCGUGCUCUACGCAGAGCAGUUGAGAUUAGAGGAAGAAUGGAAAAACUUUUAGCAAACUUUAACAUUCCAAUAACUUCCAGUGAAGGUGGUGUAGAUGCUGUGUGUAAAUGCAUCACUGCUGGUAUGUUCCCAAAUGCAGCCUACCUCCACCAUUCGGGUACCUAUCGAACUGUGAGGGGCAACCAGGUGCUGUGUAUUCAUCCCUCUUCUGUACUCUACACUGAAAUGCAACCACAGUGGUUUGUCCUAUACUUUAAUCUACAGGUGUUAUUCCAUGAAGUGCUGCACACAUCACAAAUGUUUAUGCGUGACUUGACAGUCAUUGACCCAGCUUGGCUGCUAGAGCUUGCACCACAUUUCUAUGAAAAAAGGACUAUGCAAAAUUAAUAAAACAUACAAAACUGCAAAUAAAAAUUUUAUUACACAGGAU